AUGGCAGCGGUUAUAAACACUGAGCUGGAUCCAGUUUUCCUCAAAGCACUUGGUUUCCUUCACUCUAAGAGCAAAGACUCUGCUGAAAGACUGAAGGCUUUACUAGAUGAGUCUUUGUGCAAGGGCCUCGACUCUGGUUAUCGACCUCCUCAAAAGGUAAGAUACGUGGAUUUGAUUCAUUUAUGGCAGCUUUCCAAGCAUGUACCUAAACCAAAAUCAGAAGCCAAAGUAAACACCAGUACUACUAGUAGCAACAACCUAAGCAAACCACUGCCGUCAGAGAAGAUUAAGAAGGAAGCUGAGAAGAGAUCAGCAGAUAAGAUGAAGUUGGAUAUUGGUGAUGCUGUCGAUUUACCAAAGAAACCUCGUUUGGAGAAGCUAGAAGCUCGCUCCUCCCCAAACCCAGCACAGCCCAGCAAGGACCUGCCUAUUCCUGAUCUGUCUAGUUUUGAUGAAACUAAUGCUGAUGACUUUGCCAUGGAGAUGGGUCUUGCCUGUGUGGUCUGUCGACAAAUGACUGUGUUUUCUGGUAACCAGCUUGUGGAAUGCCAAGAGUGCCACAACCUCUAUCAUCAGGAUUGCCACAAACCUCAAGUCACAGAUAAGGAUGUGAAUGACCCUCGCCUGGUUUGGUACUGUGCCCGCUGUACUAGGCAGAUGAAAAGAAUGGCACUAAAAAAUCAGAAGCCAACACAGAAGCCUGCCUCUUCUAUAGCAUCGGCAGCAAUACCAGUUGUAAAGGACACAUCCACCAUCAAGCCUGAACUGAAGCCUAAGCCAGAUUCUUCAACUUCCUUCCUAGCUUUUAAGAGAUCUGAAGUUAAGGUCUCCUCUACAACCUCUGGAAAUUCCUCCAACUCUGGGUCGUCAUCUUCUGCUGCAAGUGGUCUUACUGGCUGGGCAGCAUUCGGAGCCAAGACUGCCAGUGCAGUGCCAGUAACCUCAAAGCUUGGAAGCUCAGCACAGACUACUAGUGGUAAACCUCCCACGUUAUCUUCAGGUCAGAAAACAUUGGGUUCAACUGGCCCAGCACCUAUAAAGUCAGGCUCUGCAUCUAAGCCAGGAUCAGGCAACAGCAACACAAGCUCUUUACCACUAAAGCCUCUACCACCACUCGUUCUGGGAAAGACCAGCCUCAGCCGUUCUAUGAGUAGUGACAAUGUCAGCAAAACAGGCCUGCCUAGUCCAAGCAUUGGUUCAUCUGGAAACAAUUUGAGCAAUCAGAUGGGCAAUAAUGGAGGGGGAAGCUCUGCAGGAAGCAGUGGGAGCUCUAGUAGCAAGGCAGCUGUAGAUCCCAGCACACAGCAGUCUGGAGCCAAGGGUCCUACUUCUCAAGAUUUACAGUUAACUGCCAUGAAGCGACUUCAGAUGGUGAAAAAGAAAGCUGCACAGAAGAAACUAAAGAAGUGA